ACUACACAUUUGGACGCAGUGAAUAAUAGUUAUUUAUAUUGUUUUAUAUUUUAAGUCGAGGCGCUGUUUAAAAGCAUAUAUUUGGAAAUUUAUGAAAAGUCACUGAGGCUAAAUGAAGCUAAUAUUUUGUCGUGAUAGUAUAUUUAAUAUUAUAAUGACUAAAAAGGUAGUCAAAUUCUUCCUGAAUACGCAUAGCAAUGUAAACCUUAGUUUACUCUUCCCGAACUUUUCACAGUUACACGCUUGUUUGCAGAGCUUGACACGCGAGAUUAUAAAAGUUUAUUUUAAAUACAAUCAAUUAAAAGUUUGAGGAUUCUAAUUUAGGUUAGUUUAAGUCACUAAAUUUCUAAAUAUAGCUAACAAAAAAUACGUUAAAUUCGUUUACACUGUAGCUAUAAUACACUCUACGCAACAAAAAAUUCUAUACAAAGAGUGAAUUUUGAUCGAUCAGUUAGUAUGAAAGCUAAAUGAGCAGCUUCUUGAGGAGAAAAGGACGUGUGUAAAAUUUCAGAUCCAUAUCUCAAAAACUGCGGGACAAGUUUGUACCGUCAGACAUCUAUAAAUUCGAUCAGCCCGUUGCCCUGAUAAGUUAUAUAUGUAUAUAGGGUAUCAGUCGCUUCCUUCUGGAUGUUAUAAACUUCGUGGUAAACUUAAUAUAUCCUGUGCAGGGUAUAAAAAUAAAACAGAAACAAAUUAAUCUCAUAUUAUAAGUUGGAUAGCUAUAAAAAUGAUGGUACUAAACAUAAGCACGCCAAUUGAAAAAUGUUAGAUUUGUUAAAAGGUCGUGAUCACCGGGUGUACGCCUCCCAAGAUGCACUCAUUUACUUGUUUAAUACGAUUCGAAUUGCAGGGCUUAGUCCACCGAGGCAUUACGGUCUAUUUAUUGUUGUGCUAUCACCAUUUGUCUUUAAUAUUGGUUGGAUACGUUAUAGAAGUAUUCUAUCUGUUAUGGAGAUACUAAAUAGUGUACAAGCAGCUUUGAAUAUUAUUGGAAUGCCAUUUAAGAGCUUGACAUUGGCGUUGUCUCUGCAACGUUUGCAAAGCGUGAAGCCGUUAUUAAAGGAACUGGAUGCAUGUCACAGUGAAUCGAAAGAUGUAGCCAAAAUACGGCGCUGUGCAAUUACAGGCAAUCGUAUUGUAUUCGGUUACAUUAUUUCUUAUAUGCUGUACGGAACUUUGACUGUAGUAUCGGCAGUACUGAGUGGUCUUGCACCACUUACCCUUUGGAUACCUUAUGUGGAUUGGCAUAGAUCGACUUGGGAAUACUGGUUGCAGUUGAGUUUUGAUGGCGCGACGCUUUACUUUUCACUGCUUCAUCAAGUCAUUAAUGAUUCCUACCCAGCCAUAUAUAUUUAUAUUAUACGCACACAAGUACAACUGCUGGCACGCCGUGUAAGUCGUUUAGGAAAUGUAUUGGAUAAAAGUGAGGAUGCAAACUAUCAUGAGCUUCAGCAAUGCAUUAUUAUACACCAGAAAAUAUUAAGAUUGGUGCGUAUGGUGCAACCUGUAAUAUCGGUGACAAUGUUUGUUCAGUUCUGUAUAGCCGCAGCCAUCAUGAGCACCACGAUGAUAAACAUAUCGAUUUUCGGUGAUAUAACCACCAAGAUAACUUCUUUGAUCUACCUGUUUUGUGUGUUGUUGCAAAUUUGGCCGACCUGUUAUAAUGCUUCCUAUUUGCAAGCGGACUGUAAGAAACUUUCCAUGGCUAUUUUUUACAGCAAUUGGAUGACUCAAGGAAAACGUUUUAACAAGCUGCUAAUCUAUUUUUUGCAACGCUCACAAACUGAUAUGCCAUUGCGGGCCUUAAAAAUGUUUCCAGUCGAUUUGGCUACAAAUGUGUCGAUUGCAAAGUUUUCGUUCAGCCUCUAUACAUUUAUACAACAGAUGGGACUGGGCGCUCAUCUAAAUGACUGAACAGCUUGCGAUAUAUCACAUAUAUGUGCAUAAAAAUAAA